AUGUCUAGCCCUAUCUAUCUCGGUGUUGUCGGUGUUGGCGGCGUUGGUACCGCAUUCCUCUCCCAGCUCGCUCGUCUCCCUAAUGCCCCUCAACUCGUUCUCCUUGCCCGCUCUUCGCAGACUCUCCUCGCUCCGACACCGGCGUACUCCCCCGCCAUCCCCGCGGCCGACUGGGCCACAGCCUCCGCCGCACCCUCUCUCACCAAGACCGGUGCUCUGCCCGCCGAGGAGAUUGCCGCAUACCUCGCCGCUGCCCCUGGCCGCGCCAUCCUGGUUGACAACACCUCCGACAUCAACCUCGCUCGCCAGUACCCCACAUUCCUGAAGAAGGGCAUCUCAGUCGUGACCCCGAACAAGAAGGGUUUCUCCGAUGAUCUGUCCCUGUGGAAGGAUAUCUUUGCUUCCGCCGCCGAGGGUAAGGCCCUUGUCUACCACGAGAGCACCGUCGGCGCUGGCCUUCCUGUUCUCUCCACCCUGAAGGACCUCGUCGCAACCGGUGACGAAGUUACCCGCAUCGAGGGUGUCUUCUCCGGUACCAUGUCCUUCUUGUUUAACACUUUCGCACCUGCCUCCGGCUCCUCCGAUGCGCAGUGGAGCACUGUUGUAGCCCAGGCAAAGGAGCUCGGCUACACUGAGCCUGAUCCCCGUGAUGACCUGAACGGCAUGGACGUCGCGCGUAAGCUGACUAUCCUGGCCCGUCUGGCUGGUUUGGAAGUCUCGAGUCCCUCAUCCUUCCCUAUUGAGUCUCUUAUCCCUGCUGAGCUUGCUUCGCUGCCUUCUUCUGCAGAGGGUAUCUCGGAGUUCAUGACUCGCUUGCCUGACUUUGAUGCCCAGAUGGCGGGGCUCAAGGAUGCCGCUGAGAAACAGGGCAAGGUUGUGCGCUACGUUGGUAGCAUUGAUGUUGCUACCAAGAGUGUUAAGGUUGGUCUGGAGUACUUUGCUAAGGAUAGCUCCAUUGCGGGUCUGAAGGGCAGUGAUAAUAUCAUUAGCUUUUACACUAAGCGCUACGGUGCCAACCCCCUCAUUGUCCAGGGUGCUGGCGCUGGUGGUGAUGUUACUGCUAUGGGUGUCUCCGCGGAUCUGCUCAAGGUUGUUGAGCGUCUGCAGUAA